AUGGAAGAUGUCGAGUUUAUCAAACCACCUCAUGUCAUCCCGACUAUCGCCACCAUCAAACUACCGGCACUUGUCGGUGACUAUAUGUUUAUUCAAUUGGUUAAACAAAACUUUUUACAGUUCCUUACACUUAUGCAUCUUACUACUGGCAGCGGUAGCGGUGGAAGUGGAAGUGGUCCAAAUCCACUAUCAUCAUCAAUGGUCAUGAGUAAAAGUGAUGAUAGUGCUUUGGCACCACAAACACACCAUCAUCAACCUGGUGAAGGACUGAUAUCACAACACCGUACACUCAGCAGUACAAUGGAAAUCCCAAUGUCAUCGUCCAUGUUGAGAGGAGGAGGAGGUGAAACAAACGCAGCAGCAGGAGACAAAUACGAGAUAAAACCAUCAGACUAUACAUUUAUCUAUAAUUUCGUUGCAUCGUCCUCUAGUCAAUCGGCACUCUCGUCGAUUGGUCAGGGUAUAGCUACCAUUACACUUGGAUGUGCAGUCAGUGAGAAUCUGAUUCAAGAAAACGAGUCUGAUGUGCCAUCGACAGCUGUCCCCGUCACCUAUAUUCCAAUGACACUAUCAUCAAAUGCAGACUCUUCAAGAAAACUAGAACUCAUUGAAAAGCUCUUGUCUGGUGUACAAGUAUUGGAAGUUAAAAAGGAGAGGGAGAACUCUUCCUCUUCACCCACUCCACUCUCCAAAUCAACGAUGUCUAGUUCCUCUUCGUUGGAUCAGCCCCAGUUCUUUGAUCAUAUUCAACUAAAGAUUUGGUGUAGAGGUUCUAUUAAUGCACAAGCAUUGGUUGAUAAGUUGACACUAUCCAUCAACCAAACUCUUACCGAGUACUUGAUGGAAACAGUUAUCUCACAAACCAUUGUCACUCCAUCAUCGCUCCAAUCAGAGUAUCUCACUCCUGUUGAAAGAGUCAUGGCAACUGGUAGAUCUCUCUCGACCACAUCAAUGAACGAGAUAAAGUUACCAGGUCAAUUCCAUCUUCCAACCUAUGCUACCAAUGAUUUCCUACUAGAUGUCAAAGAUUUAAUUAAUGAUAUCAAUUCCAAGAUGCAUCCAUCUCUAUGGUACACUGAACAACAAACAACAAAUGAAAAUGAUGAAAAGAAACCACCUCUUGUUAAAUAUUCUCCAAAGAGAUCUCAACAACCAUCCACUACUGCCACUGGAGUAGCCACUGCUGCGACUCCCUCUACUACCAACAUUUCAGAUUCAACCAUAUCUAUUCCAAUUGUUUCAGUAGAACAACCCAAUAAUAAUAAUAAUGGAUUAGGAUCAAGUAGUCAAAGUACAUUGGAUGAAGAUAGUAAUAGAAUCAAUUUGUUAAACAAACAUAAUUAUCAAUUAUUGGUGAUUGGUGGAAAGAAUAUUCAAGAACCAGUUGUAGAAAAUACAACAACAACAACAACAAUGGAAUUACAGUUACAACAUCAGAUUAUUCAAUCAGAGACAACUACUACAACUACAACCACGGUUGUUUCGGCAUCGAUGACUGAUAUUGCAUCUGGAUUGAUGACAUUUACCGAAGAAUCAAUCUCUUCAACCUCUUCCAUCAUCUCUUCUAUCACUGGUAGUACCAAUGCUAUUGUCAAGGGACCACCUUCUUCUUCCUCACAACAAUCUGUCAUCUCGGACGAUUAUUUGUAUUAUCCACACAUCAAGGAUCCCCAACUUGUCCAACCUAUCCACCGUACAUGUUCUAUUAUCGCUACGAUCAAAGCAAACCAAUUCUAUAUACACACUUAUAAUUGGAGUCAGUCUAAAUUGGAUCUUUUGCAAGCCGGUCUCAAUCGUAUACAAACUUGGAAGGCAUUACGUCGAACACUGCUCAACAAUGUGCUCCACCAAAAGAUGGGAUUAUUCAAUCACGUUCAACCACACUUUGUCAACCAAACCAUUAGUUCCUUUUUCCCCGAUGCCAGAAGCCAGUCUAUUGUUAGAUACACCUAUGAAAAUGUUGACUUGUUUGUUAAUUAUCCAUCUACUCCAAAGAAGCUUCCUUAUUCUCUUGUAGGUAACAACCCUCCUCCUGCCAGUGCACCAAGAGGAAUGAUUAAAUCAUCUUCUUUGACUGCCACUCCCGCUGCUCUUGGUUUACCAACUCCUACAACUCCCAUGACCAGUGCUGCUCCUACGACGAAUACCACUACAAGUACGACGACACCUGCAAAUAAUAAUACACCUGCUACUGCUGCUACGUCGACAACCACAACUACCUCGACUGGAAACAAGAGUAAUUCUUCAACACCAGCCAAUCCAACAACUACAACUACACCAUCAUCCAAUCAACCAACGGCCAAAAAGUCAUUACCAGAAUUUGACACUAUUCUACGUGACAAUAGUAUUCAAAACACUCAACUAUUACAGCAACCAACUGUACUACCAAUCAUUGCUGAUCCAGUACAACGAUAUGUAGGCCAGAUCAAAGCAUUGGCCAAUCAAGUUGAAAAGGCUGCAGAGGCCAAAGCAUUGUUUUCACAGGCACGUUCAUUCUUUGUCGAUACUGAUAAAUCACCAUCCAAACAUCACCUCGAGAGUAUCAUUAAAAUGUCUAGAUUGGUGCACUUUAGAUGUGUACCGUUCCUCUAUGACGAGUAUCUUGAUGGAAGUCAUUCGUCGAGAGAACAAAUCGGUAAUCAACAGACAGCCAAUAACCCACCACAUUUAAUCUCACCAGCGUUGGUUGGUAUUGUUCAUGCACCACUCAAAGGCAAUGCUCUGCCCUAUCUGGUCAUGUCUGAAAGAUCACUCACGAGUCAGGGUGACUGGAAGGGCAAGACAAUGGAGUUUUUCCUGGGAGAGUACAUUCACUACAUGGAAAAGAUGUUGCAAAGUGCCAAGAUCAUCAUCACCAUCAACAAUGAUGAAGCAGACACUCGAAACGAGUACAUUGCCACUGCCAAACGAUCGUUGCGUGCCUAUCUCCAGCAAACGUUCAAGGGUGGAUCGCUUCUCAUCAAGAUUGGGUUCCGUGACUUGUCAGUGACGUGUGAAUUGUUUGCCGUGCUGCAACCAACCGCCCAAGGCAGCAAUCUGCAAACAACCACCAAGAAUCUGAGCAAUAUGUUUGCCGAAGAGUAUGGCAGAUUCACACACGAACUGCAUCUCAACUCGUUUGUCUAUGACUUUCACAUACGCCAGAUCUAUGACUUUUUGCACAACAAUCACAUCUAUUACUCACCACAUCAAAAGGAUAGAGCAGGAGAGUCACCAAGAGUUAACAAUGUGUCGUCGUCUGCCCCUGCUUCACCCCUCCACCACGAACCACAAGUAUCACCACCGGCCAAAUACUUUGUCGAGAUGAUGCAGUCGUUGUCGCGAUACUAUCCCAAGCCUCCAGCACAUGCCUUUGGCCAUCUACAUCAAUCGAUCAUGUCGUUGGGUGUGUCAAUCGAGCCAAUCUAUUUGUUUGAGUAUUUGACCAAGAGUGUACAACACUAUCAAAUCUCACAUCUCGAUGAAAAAGGUAUCUUCCCGGCACUUUUCUUUUCGAUUCCUGGUGGUACAACGUCUCCAGACUCAGGAUCACCAUCCUUUACAUGGGAUGUUGUUGUAUUUUGUUUGAAUACUAAACAACAAGAUGAAGAUGGCCAAGACCAAAAGGAUAUGUUGAAGCUGUCCAACAACUCUACAACAGUCAUUCCAUCCCUCAUUAUGGAGGAUUCAAAAUACCAAAUUCAACUCCAAUACAUUAUUAUAAAGACAGCGACCGAUACUACAUUCCCACGUCUCGACCAUUUUUCACCGCUUCAUCCUGUAAAUAACCAACACCUCACAAUGCCAAGUAGUAGUAGUAAUACCUCUAGCACUAAACAACACCAACAACAGUCUUGGAACUCUAAUCCAAACCUAUCACCACUACCGCCCAAACACCACAAAGAGUCUCAGUCACAUGCUCCAUCUGCACAUCAUGUGAUGAACCCCAAAUCAGUCGAUCAUAUUGAACGAGCCAACAAACAAAUGAGCAUCAACGAGGAAUGGGUACGUACCAAACUCUCCAAGAUUAUUACAAAGGCCAGUAUCAACUUUCAACGUGAUCGUCUCUGGAACAAACUUUUACGUGGAAAUCCAUACGAACCUGCUCUUACCAUUGCCGAGUUUAGCCAGUUCACACAUUUGGUCAAGAGAAAAUCAAUCAAGACCAUGGAUAUUGACCUAGUCUCACCCAAUAUCAAUCUAUUCCAAAAUAUGGGUCAUGUAUGGGUUGGGUUAUGUUCCUAUCUCGUCAAGACGUGUGGUGAUCGUAUUCGUCAACUUCACAAUGACGCAGAUAAACAUCUCUUCAUUCUCAACCCAAAUGUAGACUGUCUCAUGUUGGAAUUGGUAUACAAUGAACGUGAAAAGGAAUCAGAUGCCUUUGUAUGUCGUAAAGAAGGUGCCAACAAUUGUAAUCUAGAAGAAAUUGAUGAACAAGAAUUUUUACAUGCCUCUCAACUUGUCAAUACUCUCUGUCAUUAUUUGUGGACUGAAUUACUCAAAUCCAAUAACACUUAUAUUUAA